GCCCACGCUUCCGCUGGCGGCUCCUCUUCACAAGUCCCAUACACAAUAUUUUAUGAAGCAGCAAACAGCGCUGAUUGAAUAAGAUGGAGUGAUUUAUUUUCCUGCUUUACUCAGAAAUCUUAGGCUUCCUCCUGAUUUAACCCUGGACGUUUUAUCUUGUUUUUAAACUAAACACUGUGAUACCGUGCUUAUCAAAAAUCCCUCUAACUAAACGCUCAUGGAUAAGCUGGUUGGAUUUGUGAAGUCGCUUUUCAAACGGAAGUCAUCCCAUGGAAUACAGGAACCAAAACAACGCUCAUGGGAGGUACCCUACACUACAGAAUUCACCGUCAAUCCGGAGAACAGCUUCGCUGUCAAUAUGUUCACAGCGCUCAUAGCCCAUUCCCGCGGCAUUGACGAGAAUCUGGCGGUGUGUCCGUGCGCCAUUCAAGCUACUCUGACGGCGAUCCUCCCAAUUGUCAAUGAGCAGAUCCGCAUGGAACUCACCAAAAUAAUCUGCUCCAGCGGCCGAACGUUAGAUGCUUUACAAGCAUCACUGGAUGCAGCCAGUACUAACGGCGCUUUGAAUAUGGUUAAUGCUGUUUUCUACAGCGAUAGGUACCAGCUACUCUCAUUGCGGAAAGAAGACCUUCGCACCGUUAACGACAGCCGAUCUUGUCCAUCAGGAACGUUGUCGACCAAAAUGGAAUAUUUGGUAACGUCGCUCCAAAAUAUUCCAAAAGAAGGCAUCAACCUGUCGAAAAGUGAAGACGGUGAAGCUGUACGCGAGGCAGCACCACCGCAUCCACAACUUCAACUAGCCAGCAUCUGCCAGUUUACCGGCGCCUUUGAGCGGCCGUUGUUUCGCGGUGGACCGGGAACGUUCACCUGCCCCGGCAGUGUGCAGAAGACGGUGGAUUUUAUGUUCUGCAAGUACACGCUCGGGGUGCGUUACCACAACGUCAGCGUUACGUGUGACAACGCCGAGGAGAACGAUCCGCAGAUGAUCAUCCUCAACGUGGAGGGCCGACAGUCCAGCGUGAUGCUGCUCUUACCACCGCCGAAAAGCGGCGAGACGAUAGGUUCGCUGGAAGAGCGGCUGACGGUGGAGCGACUGCUGCGCUGGCGCGAGAAGAGCAGCGAGUUACCGCUGCACAUUCUUAUCCCGAAAUUCCGCAUCACCUGCAGUAUUGACCUGCAGCCGGUGCUCACCGCGAUGGGAAUGGGUCUGUUGUAUGAAGAGCCAACGGCAGAAAGCGUCGACCACGUGCUGCAUCCGUCAGGAAACGGCUCACCGAUCGGUGAAUUCAGACAGCAAAUUGUCUUAGACGUCAGUGAGUACGGCGUUGCGACUUCACCGUUUAGAUGGGAUCGCAUGACGCCAAUGAUUGCAGUAGCCGGUCCAGAUUUCGUGGUAGACAGACCAUUCAUAGUGAUCAUCUGGAACGAGAUCGCCAAUGUUCCUCUUCUGAUUGCACGCGUGACGGAUCCCGCUUCAUCCUUGUAUUAGUUUGCAGGCAGUAAAGUGUUAUUGUUAGUCCGAAUUUCGGAUAAACAUCUGUGCUCAUCGUGUAUUGCUUCACUAUGACCAGAAACCGCGAAAGUUUUACUGCAUUUACUACCCAGUAUGUUAUACGGUCACAAUCGUUAAAAUCAUAAGCUCUGUUUCUUUUAUUAAUUGCAUUCUACUGCGAUGCGAUCAAUACCAUUAUGCAUUCAACGAGAUGACAAGAGACACACUGCUGAUUCCAUGCAGCAGAUUGUG